AUUGUUGCUUGGCUCAUAUACCCUUCUUUUCUCAUUCCCCCCCACGGCCUUCACAUUCUCUGUUGCAAUUCCAAUAAUAGAUGAAAAAGCUUGGGGAUGUGUAGCAAUGUGUAGACGUGGGCAGGCCAUAGGGAAGACUCGGGACUUUGCGAUUGGCGGCUGGUUUUGUUUUGUUUUUUAGUCUGCUGUGAUGGACGGACGUAAACGGUUGGUCAGUUCGUCACGUAGCCUGAUAAGAAAAUCUUUGUCAUGAUUAUUCAUUAUCUUUGAUUUUUUGAAUGGUCUUUGGUAAAGUUUCUACAGUCUAUAGUGCAACAGUUUAACCAUGGAGGCCACCAAAAUAUCUUCUUGUGUGAUUGACAUCCAAGGGAUGAGAUGCCAAAACUGUGUACGAAAUAUAGAAAAAACUAUUGGUGAAAAACUAGGAGUUACUGAUAUACAAGUUGAUCUGGAAAAAAAAGAAGGAAUUGUACAAUAUGAUGGAGAAUUAGUCAAUCCAACUCAGAUUUCAGAGUUUGUUGUAGCCAUGGGAUUUGCAUCCAAAGUCAAAACAACUGAUAUUUCUCUUGGUUCCCAACAAAAUCCUACAAACACAAUCUCUAAUGAAGUGCAAAUAAUUAAGAAUUCUGAGAAUAACGUAGUCAAUGACCAAAACCAAAAGUGCUAUAUUAAAAUAAGUGGAAUGACUUGUGCAUCGUGUGUUGCAGCAAUUGAAAAGCAUACUGUUAAAAUGAAUGGUGUUUCCAAAAUUCUAGUAGCUUUGAUGGCUGGUAAGGCAGAAGUUUUUUAUGACAAGUCUCUAGUUUCUCCGCAAGCCAUCUGCGAUUGGAUUACUACAUUGGGUUUUCCGAGUAACCUACUGGACGGAACCGAUAGGACAAAAAACAACGAUGUUAUUCAAGAAAAUGGAAAAGCACAAGUAGAACUGCAUAUUGGUGGAAUGACCUGCUCGUCCUGUGUCUACAAUAUCGAAAUGCAUGUAGCCAAAAUGGAUGGUAUAUUCCAAGCGAGGGUUGCAUUAUCAACCCAAAAAGGAAUGUUCACGUUUGAUCCCGAUCGAAUUGGACCGCGGCAAAUCAUCGACCAAAUAAUUAAUCUGGGGUUUGAAGCAUCACUGGUUAAUCAAGGAAUGGAGAGGUCCAUGUCCCAUUUAGAUCAUCGAGAUGAAAUCCGACGCUGGAGGAAUUCUUUUUUGGUCUCACUCAUUUUCGGUCUUCCGUCCAUGAUUGUUAUGACUUACUACAUGAUUCAAAUGGAAGAGGACGAACACCAUCAUACAAAUAUGUGCUGCAUUGUUCCUGGCCUUUCAUUAGAAAACUUGCUGCUGUUCAUUCUUGCUACGCCCGUACAAUUCAUAGGUGGCAGACAUUUCUAUGUUGCCGCAUAUAAAGCUAUUCGACACGGGACAACCAAUAUGGAUGUUUUAGUAAUGCUGGCUACGACUAUUUCAUAUGUGUACAGCGUCGCCGUCCUGGUAGCUGCCAUGGCAACUCUGCAAUCAACAAGUCCAAUGACAUUUUUCGAUACACCUCCCAUGCUUCUAAUAUUUGUCAGUCUGGGACGUUGGAUGGAAAGUGUGGCAAAAGGUAAAACGUCCGAAGCUCUUGCUCGAUUGUUGAGCCUUCAAGCAACUGAAGCAACACUGGUUGAACUUGGAGUUGACGAAGAGGUUGUGAGCGAACGGAGCAUCCCUGUAGAACUCGUCCAGAGAGGGGAUAUACUCAAACUGCUACCGGGAGCCAAAGUCCCUGUAGACGGAAAAGUUAUCAGCGGCACAUCGACUUGUGACGAAUCCUUGAUCACGGGCGAGUCCAUGCCCGUGUUGAAAGGAAAGGAUUCAAUGGUUAUUGGAGGCUCAGUUAACCAGCAUGGACGAUUGUUUAUGGUGGCAACACACGUCGGACAGGAUGCAACGCUAGCUCAAAUUGUUCGACUUGUGGAGGAGGCACAAACCAGUAAAGCACCCAUUCAACAACUAGCUGAUAAAGUUGCUAGCUAUUUCGUCCCCAUGGUUGUCACCGUAUCGUUGAUGACAUUAGUAGCAUGGAUUAUUGUUGGUUUCGUUAACGUAGAUCUUCUCCCUGUUUCUGAAAUGGAAAAAGAAGCUUACAGUCAAGCGGAGCUGACGUUCCAGUUUGCUUUUCGGUGCGCCUUGACCGUCCUGUCAAUCGCCUGCCCUUGCUCUUUAGGUCUAGCUACACCAACAGCGGUCAUGGUAGGAACAGGAGUAGGUGCCACGAACGGAAUAUUAAUCAAGGGCGCUGAGCCUCUAGAAAAUGCGCACAAAGUUAAAACGGUCGUUUUUGACAAAACUGGGACCAUUACACGUGGAUUUCCUAUGGUAACAACUAUUGUUCAAUUGGUUGAUGACGCCGUCUUUUAUUUGCCGAAAAUGAUGGCCAUCAUUGGGAUAGCCGAAACAAACAGCGAACACCCGAUAGCCUCUGCCAUAACAAAAUUCGUCAAAGAAGCCCUCAAAACAGAUCUAGUCGCCAAAUGCAGCGAUUUUCAUACUGUUCCUGGCUGUGGUCUUCGUUGUCAAGUGUCAAAUCUUGAUGAGAUGGAGAAAUUAUUAUUGCAGUCACCCUUAGCUCAAGAACGUUUGAAAGGAUCGUUGAGUAAACGUGAUCCUAGCUCACCAUCCUCUCUGGUCGUCAUUGAUACGUCCAUGGUUAAACCUACUUUGGUGGCUCUGAGUCGUUCAGAAAGCAACAAGAAUUCCUGUUUUGAUGUUCUAAUCGGUAACCGUGAGUGGAUACGGCGAAAUGGUCUGGACGUGCCCGCCGAGGUGGAAUCCAAAAUGCUCGAACUCGAACGAAUGGGCCAGACGGUGGUAUUGUGUGCCAUUGGUGGUGUACUAGUAUGUGCAAUUGCUGUUGCCGACACGGUAAAACCCGAAGCCCAUCUCACUGUCUACACUCUGAAAAAGAUGGGUCUUAACGUUGCUCUACUCACCGGUGAUAAUAAGAAGACCGCAAAAGCUAUAGCACGCCAGGUGGGCAUCAGUACGGUUUAUGCCGAAGUUUUACCUUCACACAAAGUUGCCAAAAUCCGUAUGCUGCAAGAAAAAGGCGAGAAAGUUGCAAUGGUAGGCGACGGCGUUAACGAUUCGCCCGCUUUGGCCCAGGCGGAUGUAGGCAUUGCAAUCGCUUCAGGAACUGACGUUGCGGUUGAGGCAGCAGAUGUAGUGCUAAUUCGUAAUGACUUGCUGGACGUAGUGGCUUGCUUGGAUCUUUCUUACCGGACAGUCAAACGCAUUCGUCUCAAUUUUCUUCUUGCUUCCAUUUACAACUUAAUUGGAAUUCCCAUUGCGGCGGGAGUCUUUUCUCCUUUGGGGAUCCACCUGCAGCCCUGGAUGGGCUCGGCUGCCAUGGCGUUGUCUUCUGUCAGCGUGGUGUGCUCAUCACUACUGCUGAAGUGUUACAGAAAGCCAGCUAAAGAGAAGCUGGAGACUUUUUCCUACGUUAAAGCAAGAGAUACAAGAAAUCUAUCCAUCAGUGAUGAUGACCUUUCACUUCCUGGAGAAGUUACAUCUAAGAGUUUGGGUUCCUUUUCUGCCAUAAACAGGAUUUUGCGUGUGAAACCGUCGACUCAUUCGUUGUUGGUGGGCACUGACACUGAGGACGUCGAAUUAGGUGACGCUUCCCAUCACGAUGCUUCGGAAUCCUACCCUCUGCGCAAAAUGGUUAGUGCAUAACAGUAGGGUUUUCAAUGCUGUAUGUACUGUAUGUUAUUUUUAUUUCAUUUUAUUUUUUUAAUUUGGGGAAGUCUUAACGCUUAAGACCAUAAGCGAUAGACUAAAUAUUUUUUUUUUGAAACCGUAAAGAACAAGUGCUCUUAAUGUGGGCUGCACAAACUCGUUUUUAUCGCCUUCUGCUGCCGUUAUCCCGACGUUUCCCUUGAAUGUUUUGCACGCAUGUGCUAUAGGCGUGAGUGCGCUCAUAUUAUCCAGAAACGUUUCAAAAUUUAGUUGUAACUGUGUACUAUUUUUCCAAGUUCGAAAAUUUAUCGAAAAGGACGUUAAAUGCAAAUUCUAGCAAACGGGA